GUACGCCGUGGGACUUGAUGCCGUGUGAAUCACGUCUUUAGGACAGAUAACGGGUGCAACCGAAACAUCGCGGUUCAUUCCGUUUAACAGCUGUACCUCUCCCCCGCCUGGCGGCGCAGCCCUUGACGCAUAAACCGUGCAUCUCUUUCAUUCCCGGGGGAGAGAGCGAAAGAGACAGAGAGACGAUCUCGAUAGCGAUCUAACCUGACGAUGAUGAUGGUGAUGAUGCAUCGGUGUGGAAUUAUCCCGGUGUCUGACUGCGAUGGAGCCGACCGCGCUCAAGUGGAGCUAGCUAGCUAGCUAGCUGGUUAACGGUGCCCACCGGGAUUCGUCCACAGCCCCCCCUGCAUAACGUCGCCUAAAUGGGUCUGAUUUCUGUUUUAACGCCCGGGGGUUGUUGAAAAUUAAUCAACACUUUCCCUUCCAUUUGGCAAAAAGGACUCGCCAUGUCAGCUAGGAAAAAGGCGUACUUACUGCUGUAGGUUUGCUGCUCAGCUGGUUUGAACAAUUUAGCUUUUGCUACAUCUCUAGUGAUCCUUGGAUGCUUCCGUGACAACAAUAAGACUGUGUGGAUCACGAUGGCCCAGCUCAUGGACGAGGCCGGCAAACUGGGCUGGAUUCUGAUCAAGUCUGUGCUCCGUUUCGUGUUUAUGUUCCUCAAUAACUGUGUAGCCAUCCCGUCCUACUGCCUGUACCUGCUCAUUCUGCAGCCUCUGAGAAUAUGGCACAGCCCCACUUUCUGGCACCUCGAAGGAGUCAUGUUUAAAUGGCUGCUGGCCAUGGUGUCGUCGUGGGGUUGGAUCGCAGGUUACACAGUAACGGAGUGGGGUGAUGAUGUGCGGCCCAUCUCUGAAGAGGAAGCCAUGGUCAUCGUCAACCAUCAAUCCACGGGAGAUGUGUGCACGCUCAUGAUGUGCCUGCAAGACAAGGGCACGGUGGUACGAAAAAUGAUGUGGUUGAUGGACCAUGUGUUCAAAUACACAAACUUUGGCCUCGUGUCCCUCAUCCACGGGGACUUCUUCAUCAGACAGGGUAAAGCUCACCGGGACAAGCAGCUGGUCUACCUGAAGGAUCACCUAGACAAAUAUUACCACAGCCGCGACAGGAAGUGGAUAGUGCUGUUUCCCGAGGGCGGCUUCCUGCGCAAGCGGAGGGAAACCAGCCAAACGUUUGCCAAAAAGCAUUCGCUACCCCACCUGACCCACGUCACGCUGCCUCGCCUCGGUGCCACCCACGUCAUCCUGAAAACUCUGUCAGCCCAGCAUGAGAACGGCAGCGUGGGCAACGAGAGUGGGACCCCGAACCAGACAGCCAAAAAGCGUAAAGGCUUGCAGUGGGUGAUAGAUGUGACCAUAGCAUAUCCCAAAGCACGGCCCAUGGACAUCCAAACGUGGAUUUUUGGAUACAGGCCGCCGACCGUCACACAUGUUCACUACAGGAUGUACCCUAUUAAAGAGGUUCCUGUAGAGGAGGAAGCGCUGACGGAUUGGCUGUAUCAGAGGUUUGUGGAGAAAGAGGAGUUGCUGGCCCACUUCUACGACACAGGAGCGUUUCCGCCUCAGGAUGGACAGAAGCGAGCCUUCUCCCGGCAAAUGACGCUCGACCCCGUGUGGCUGUGCGUCAUCCAGUCGUUCGCGUUCGUCUCCGGCUACGUGUGGUACAACGUCCUGCAGCACCUCUACUGCUGUAUGUUUUGAGUACGCCUACGAGGCGAGCAGGAAGCGCCUCGGGAUCAGAUCAGCCCUUCCCCUUUCGAUGGAUGAAUGUACAUUUGUGGCAAGACUGCAGCCUGAGGAGGAAAAAAACGAAAGAAACAACACAUAUAUGAAUUACAGCCCUCACACAUCACAGCUGUCAUGUUGAUGUUUACACAUACACACAGUCAUACAUUUGAAGACUAGAGGCUCAGGACUCCUCCAGACAAUUCCGUCGUCGUUUCAUGAAGUGUGUGUCUGACUACGCGAGCGUAGUCCACCCUUAGUCCGCCCUGUUUCAUGACGCCCACUGGACUUCUUUCGGCGGACAAGAGACGCUGUGCUCCCCCCUCCUUGGCCCACAUUGCACUAAGGAUCCAAACUGCUCCCUAUCCCAGGAUAUAUUCCUGAACGGUAGCUGCCUAGAAGAGUAUGUGAUUUCUCCACAACGACAGCCAGCACAUUUUCUUUUUUUUUUUUUGUCGUUGUUUUUGAGCUCAUGUGUGGCGAUGAUGUUUACACUGGCAGCCUAGCUCAACAGCGUCAAACUGGAAGGGACGAAGGAGAUGAGACAGUAUGGACGUGCAGUGUGCUCACAUACACGCUUGUACACACACACACACCCAUGUGCAAACUGAGAGCCUCUCUUCCCCCCCCCACUUGCAUAGUUUUACACUGAUUUAAGCCAUAUAUGUUGUCCACAAACACAAGGGAACAUAUUAGCAUUAAAAAAAAAAAAAAGUCAAUUGGGUUCGAGAAGUGUUGGUGUCAGUGUGUGGGAGCAGCCCCCUUUCUUUUUAUUAUUCCACCCGUUUUCCACUCCCUGAUUUAAUAUGCUUCAUGCGGUGUUACUGUAUACAAAUUUUAUUUUUAAUGACACAACUCCUCUGUACAUAACAUACCUCGUAAUGGAAGCAACAUUUCUCAAUGUCUGUGAAUAACCCUUCCCCCUUUUGUUUUGUUUUCUUUUGGGUUUUUUUGUUUUCAGACAAUUAUUUCUCUAAGUACAGUGUUGUUGUCUUUUUCUGUUCCUGAACAGAAAGUUUUUACUACGCAGCCACGAGAGCCAGUGUGAACCUUCAAUUGUUCUAAGCCUUAGCCGCCAUACUAGAAGACCACAUUCCCAAACCAUGCAGUUAUCCUUGUAUUCCCUGUGUCGAAAUCCUGCUAGUUGGGAUGAAUGGUUCCAAAGUGGUCGAGCUGAAAUUGGGCCAGCGAGGACAAGAGGGUCAAACUUCUGCCUUUUUAUUUUGUUUGGGUUGACUUAUUUGUAAUUUGCUUAGGCAACUUUUUAUUUGGAAAAUCAUCAUUAUUAUUAUUAUUAUUAUUAUUAUUAUUAGAAGUUCAGCAGUGGUAUCAUUAUCAAAGAAGUGCGUUUUUUUUUUUUUAUGCAUUUUUGUGGUUGCUGGCCUCCAUUCUGUGUCACUGUCGGGAGAAACUGUGUGAAAUGCAAAAAAAGGAGAAAAAAAAGGAAAAGAAUGGUUACCUAACUUAGCUGGUAAAAACAUUUUUAAAAAAUGUUAAGUGUGUCAUUAACUGGCCCUUUUCAGAUGUUGUUUUUUUUUUUUUUAUGACUGUGUUUUUCCAAAGAAGGGAGGGAAGUGAUGUUUUCCUAGAUGUGGUUUUAGGAAAUAAACACAAUAGAAAUGAAAACAAAUGAUACUAGAUCUGUCUGUAAUUUUCCCAUUUUGUACUUCUCCUUUAAAUUCCUAGUUACACAGCCAUUUUACAACACAAAAAACUUGUGCUGGAAUAAAACAUCAAAUAUCGUAAAUGCCUUGUUCUGGUUGUCCGUUACAUGUUUUUUUUCACUUGCACC